AUGCCUUCUAUCACUCAUUACCUCACCGCCACCUUUGCAGGUGUUGCCGCCGUCUCCGCAACCGGCGUCAUCCUCCCUCUCUACACCUGGCCCAGCGACGGCGCCUGGGACCUUGUCUAUGAUGCGCUGGCCGCAUAUCCCGAGGUCGAUUUUUACGUUAUCGUUAACCAAAAUUCGGGUCCUGGUGACGCGUAUGUCUUGUACCGCAGCCUCUCCCGCAUCCGAAUACAUCACCGGCCUCUCAACCCUAAACAGCUACGCCAACGCACAUACCAUCGGCCGGGUCUAGCCCGCUUCGGCAUCGUGCUCCUGAUCGUAGAGGAUAUCGGGAUUACGCGGGUCUUCUCGUUCAUCCAGACCCUGGUCCUCGCGAGUGAACAACACCGCGCUAUGAUCCGAAAGCUCAUCGUUGUCUGGCAAAUGGAGGACCCAGACAAUCGUCGGUGGGUGAACAUGCAGCAUUUGCUGGACCUCGAUCGCCAGGAAUUCAAGAUCCUCCGAUUCGUCCUUUACUACCGUCGAAACCGCAAGAAUGAGCCCUCGCGGAACCCCGGCACGAGGGUUCGAUUCAUGGAAGGGUCUAUAGAUGUGGCACAGACGAUAAGGACGUACCUGAAUACGCGUCGGGGGAGUAUGUUGGUAGGCGUUUGUGCUCGACAGUCGAUCCGCAACCAGGUCAAGGCGAUCGUUCAGCCCAACUUGAGCGAUGACCUCCGGCUCCUGGAUCUUGACGUUGAGCCGUGUCAUCAGUGGUGGAACACUGACACAAUGGUGGCCGACACUACGGAACAAUCCAGAAACCACGUCCAAUGGAUCGCCUCCAGAAUAGCGGAAGGGCGUGGUCAUUCCCGAUGACCGAUCUACCAAUGGCCCCUUGUUUGACGAGCACCCGGGCCAGUUCGAUUCCUUUCCCCGAUUUCCCUUACAUGUCCUGAUCCUACGGACGUUCUCAUGCCAACAUAAUCGACGUCGAUUGCUCGCGCGACAACGGUCACUUCGGCUCCAACGCAUGCCCCCAGC